ACGAAUUAUUUCAUAAUCCAUUAUAACGAAGCAAAUCAUAAAAGGAAUUGUAAAGAAAGCAAUCAAGUAUAUUACCAUCAUCAAGUAGUCAUUGUGGCCAUGCUAUCCAUGUAAAGACCGCAUUUUGGAGUAUAUUCGUUGAUACCACACCAGUGACACUUUAGAAAUUCUGCAAAAAAGAUAACAAUAAGAAACUGAAGCUUCAACCUUUAUUGAAAAAUGGCCAUUAUAUCAGGAAUUCUUAUAAUUCGGAUAUGGACAAGUUUCGUUUCUCACGUCCAAUUACGACAAAUACAUUGAAAAUCGAUAGAAAUGACCUUUCUACGAACGAAUAAAACAACGAAAAAAAGCACCAUUCAACUUUUAUCUCAAAUCAAUGCCAACUAUGCGAUCGCAUGCCUGUACAGCGAAUUUGCCGGAAAGCGGAAAACGAAAGAGAAAUACUAUUAUCAAAUAAUGACGUCAAAAACGAGAAAAGCGAGAGACCGACCCGCGAAGAAGCGGAUAACAGGACGAAUAUCACAUUCUGAUACUAGUUCCCAAAUUAGAUCGUCACGCUGCAAACGCGCCAACACUCUAUAUCAACGGCAAUCAUGCGAUUCUAUCAGUAUACCUCAAUUGGUCUAUGAACUCCUCACCAUCGAUAAGUAUAAUCAUGAGACAAAACGCUUUCCGUCUUCGAAACGUCGCUUCGGAACACAUUGUCAAAAAACGCAGAACUCUCACGAGCGGCAAAGACUUUCAUACGAAACGGUCGAUCAUCGCGAUGAUUCGGAAUCCACACAAAUGUCUGAAUGCACGUUAGACUCUAAGCCUACAUCUAUCGAUAGUCUCACGGAAGCAACAGAUGCUGCAAAUAGCUCGGCACCAACAAGUUCCGCGAAUAGUAGCGUGUCAAAUGUCUCAGUGGAACCAAUUACGCUGGCAAACUCGCUCAACAGUGCCAAAGCACUUUUUCGAAAAAGAUCCUUGGUACAGCUUAUUAACAGUUACAUUAAAGCUGGCGUCGAAGAAGGAAAGCGUCAGGCCAAAAAGUAUAUCCGCAAAGCACUAUCUUUUGGCGUGAGAUCGGGUUAUUUGAUCCCAACCGAUCGACAAGGUAACAUACUCCGUGUGUGUCCGACUCUGGACACACAAUCUUGGAGUUGGAGACGGUCCGACACCGAAUCUCGACAAAGACGACGCAUUGCUCGACGAGGAGGAAAGACGCCGCGUUUGACAACCAUUGCUGAUCGAAAAGCAAUGCGUCGCGGAAUUCCGCAAGAUAAAUCUUUUCGUAAUAUGGACGACAGGCGAAUGGCUUCGAGAAGCAGACACAAAAAGCAAUCUACUUUAAAUCCUGCUACAAGUUUAAGCACGCGGGAGAACAAGCCGAAAAAAUCGCCUGGUAAAUCGUUACGCGAGAGAAACAAAUUGAAAGCUUUUGCGAGAAAGAACAACAAAAUUAACAGUGCAGUCAACAAUAAUAAACGAGAACAACAACAAAAAAUGGACGACAACGGAAACAUUAAAAAGCCAGUCAAAAGACAGCGUACGUCUUUUUCCUCGAAAUGUGCUCUGAAUGAUCGUGAACCAGUUGAGAAAAGUUAUAAGAAUGUUAGCGGAAAAGAUUGCGACCAACAUAAAAGUAAUGAAGAUAACUACAGAGCUGAGAGACAAAAGUCGAUGUCAAGUCAAGAGGACAGAUCGAGGAUGGAGAAACGAAAGACUGAGGAGAAUAUUAAUGAUAACAAGACAGAAAGCAAAAAUUCCAGUGAUGACGACAAUGAUAAAAGAUCUGAAAAAGGGAGUAUGGAACAUGAACUGCAAUACGACUAGAGAAAUGGAACUUUAAAUGGAUGAAUUGAAUACCCUGCAUCUUGUAUGGCAUUUUUCUUUGUUUAGAAACUAGAAUCUCCUUUCUUUCGUAUUCUUUGUCUUUUUUUUUACCGUUUGUAAAAUAUAUUUAUUAUGCAUUUUUGAGAUUUAUAUAUUUAAAAUUAUAUUUUA